UUUUGUUUGAAGUUAAAAGUCCUUUUGAGUCCAGGUUAGAUGGAGGUAAAGGUGUUUCUCCUGUUUUUUAGUAUCGUGUGUUUGUCCGCUCCAGCCUCAGCACAACAUGGUUGUGGGCAGCGGACUCUGGUCGGGAACCCUGAUGUGUCUCGUAUCGUGGGUGGCCAAGAAGCACCUGAGGGGGCGUGGCCCUGGCAGGUGAGCGUCCAGAUUUUCUACAGUCAUCACUGUGGUGGGACCAUCAUCAACGACCUCUGGGUGCUCAGCGCUGCACACUGCUUCUACAAAUACAUGUCCAUCAGCAGAAACCAGUAUAGAGUGAUGGCAGGACUGAACGUGUUGUCUGCUCCAGGACUUCACAUUCAGGUACGCUCCAUCAGAGAAGUCAAAAUUCACAAGGACUACAACGACACCACAACUGACAACGAUGUAGCGCUGGUGCUGCUCAGCUCUCCGCUCAACUUCACGGCCUACGUCCAGCCAGCCUGCACUCCUCUUAGCUCCAGCCAUGAGGUCUCUCUGAACUUCAGCCACUGUUUCAUCUCUGGAUGGGGCAGCCUCUACUACAAAGGCAGUGUGGUGGACAGACUGCAGGAGGCUGAGGUGGAGCUGAUCGACAGACAGAUGUGCAACCAACCCACCUGGUACAACGGCAUCAUCACUGAAAGCAUGAUCUGUGCAGGACUGGAGGGUGGAGGAGUCGACUCCUGUCAGGGGGACAGCGGAGGGCCCCUGCAGUGCUACAGCGAAAACGAUGGCAGCUUCUAUGUGGUGGGAGUGACGAGCUUCGGAGAGCAGUGCGGGCUUCCUCUCAGACCAGGGGUGUAUGCACAAACCAGCAGGUUUGCAGACUGGCUGAAGGCAAAUCAGGAGGCAACACCAGCACCUUCUGCUUCAGAAAGACUGAACAGAAAACUGAUCCCAGUUCUGCUCAGUGCAGCUCUGAUGCUGCUCUAAAGCAUCUGCAAUAAAUAGAGUCCCUGACCCCA